AUGGGGAAGCCCAAGGCUAAACACGCUGGGAAGGGGGAAAGCAGAGGGGACAAGCCGGCUACUUGGAGAGUAUUCAGCACAGCCUCCCGUCCAUCCAGCGAGACGACGGGGGGCGAGGCGGCUGCGGCCGAGGCGGCAGGGGGAAGUGGCGCAAUGGGGUCUGAGACAGAGGUGGCCGCGACGGCUGAGGAUGCAGCUGCUGCGGGGCUGGAGGGGGUUGCUGCUGAGGCGACUGAGACGACGGCUGCUGCUGAGCCUGGCGGGCCUGACGCUGCCUCUGGCGGCGGCUCAGCCUCACCCUCUCCCAUCCCCCAGGCACGGCAACCGGGGGAGACGGGACCACCAGUGGCUCAGGAACCGACCGUGGCGGUGGAGCUGACGGCGUCACCGGAGCCUGUAACGGCGUCUGCACCGGCUGCGGUGGCGACUGUGGUGACAGGGGAACAGGGCGGAGCCCGGACCGAGGAGGACGCGCCGGUCGCCGGUGCGGACGCCGAAACCUCUGUAGCUGCCGAGGGCGCAAACACGCAGGGACACGACCUGGGGGGGAGCGGUAGACAGGGCCGCGGAGCUGUCGGGACUGCCGGCGCCGCCCGCGGGAAAAUGGCGCCUCGAGCCCGGCCAGCACCGAGGCGGCCCGGAGCAGGGCUGGGACUUGGUCCCCCGGGACCCCUCCUGGGCUGGCUUCUGCAAGGGCAGUUGCCACAAGGGCAAGAGCGUCAUUUGCCAUCUGCGGGAACAAGUGACGGGAGAGGGGAAGCAAGCGACGGGAUCAGGCCCACACCCACACCGACCAUAGUGACAGGGAACACGAGGGCGGACCCUGCAAUGCAACAACCCCCGCGUCAAGAAUUGCGGAUUUCGACGGGCGGAGAGGAGGGAACGACCACGGCUGCCGCCACGGCUCAAUAG